AGGGAUUAGGGUUCAUUCUUUUUUCAGCACAACAAAGAAGAAGAAGUUUUGUGCGGCUGGGUUCCCAUCUAACCGGCGGUGCAGUUGUUCUUGGUGGUUAUGGUGCUCGGCAACGGCUAUGCUGCUGGUCGGCCACGCUUUUCGACGCCUGGACAAUCUCGGCCAAGGUUCUCGGCGGCGCUGCAGGUGGUUCUCGGCGCUGCAGGGGUGCUCGGAGCUGCAAGAAGUCUCGACGCUGCAGGUGUUUUCGGCCACGACGGCGGUGGCAGCAGAGGUCUCGGUGGAAUUUGAAAACCCACUAAAAUCCAGCAUGAAGGGCUCAGAACGGCGACAACUCAGGACAAAUGGUGGGUCUCGGAGUGGUUGCGGCUUUGGACGAACGGCGGGGGUCAGCCCUCCGAAAGCUUCACACGGGCUCACUACUCAUAGAGUUAUUGCAUGGGAAGAAAAAUAAAGCAUUAGGUCCCUGAAGAUUGGGUCUAUGAAUCUGGGAAGAGAGAUGAAGCUGUCACAAUAGCAAUGAGCAAGGGGCAAUUGUCAAUUUCACAGCUUCAUUCCAAGAAGAAAAAGCCAGUAGAAACUGGUAAGGUUAAGUUCAUUCCUCAUGAAGAAAUCCUUAAGCUAUCUUCAGAGACCUUCUAAUAAUAAUAAAAA